ACAGCUGAGAGCUUUUACAUCCUCAGCGAUCCUCCAUAAUGCCUCCACUGAAAGAUGCCAAAAUAGGAGCCUUCACCUUUUUUGCAUCCGCGCUGCCUCAUGAUGUUUGUGGGAGCAAUGGCCUGCCACUCACCCCAAACUCCAUCAAAAUCCUUGGGCGCUUUCAGAUCCUCAAGACCAUUGUUCACCCUAGACUCUGCCAGUAUGUGGAUAUUUCUCGGGGUAAACAUGAGAGACUGGUGGUGGUAGCUGAACAUUAUGAAAAAAGUCUUGAAAAUUUGCUGCAGGGCAGAAAGCCUGUGAGCCCUUUGAAGAUUUUACAUCUGGCAUUUGAAGCCCUUCAGGGAUUAGAAUACAUGAACCGUCACCAUAUGGUCCACCGGGCACUUUGUCCUCAUAAUAUCCUGCUGGAUGGAGAGGGGCACAUAAAAAUGGCUAAAUUCGGUCUUUAUUAUAUAACGGAUCAUGGAGCAGAUGUUGAUUUCCCAAUAGGUUACCCAUCAUACUUAGCUCCAGAAGUUAUUGCUCAAGGGAUUGUAAAACCCAAAGAUCCCACUCAGCAUGAAAGACCUCGACCUUCUGGACCAAAGUCAGAUGUGUGGUCUCUGGGUGUGAUUUUAUUUGAACUAUGUGUGGGAAGAAAAUGUUUUCAAAUCCUUGACAUAGCUGAGAAACUCAAACUUAUACUUAAUCUAGGCUGUGUUGAUGACAUUGUGACCGUGCUUGCUGAAGAACAUGGAUGUGAGGAAGUGAUAAAGAACCUGCCAGAAAGUGUCCUAACCUUACUAAGAAAAUGUCUUACCUACCGCCCAACCAAAAGACCCUCAGCUGCAGAAUUACUCACCAGCAGUUUUUUGAGUGCUGUAUCUGCUGGUUACAUACCUUUCCGUCAACCGGCUAGUCUGUUCUCCUCAGCGUUGAGAUGUGCUGACCUCGAUUUGCCUGAAGACAUCAGUCUCCUAUGUAAAGAUGAAGACAGUGACUUUUUGGCUGAGAGGUCCAUUGAAGAGGUAUAUUACCUCUGGUGUUUAGCUGGAGGCGAUUUGGAAAAAGAGCUGGUCAGCAAGGGAAUUAUUAGAUCCAAGCCACCUAUCUGCACAUUGCCAAACCUCCUAUUAGAAGAUGGAGAAAGUUUUGGUCAAGGUAGAGACAGAAGUUCCCUCCUAGAUGACACAACUGUUACUUUAUCAUUGUGCCAACUGCGAAAUAGACUAAAAGAUGUGCCUGGGGAAGCAUUUUAUCCCUUACUGGGAGAAGACCAAUCAAACAUCCCUCACUCUGGUAGUAAUACCGAGCUCUCUACCUCCACCCUUCCUCUCAUUAUCAGAGAGAGGGAUACAGAGUAUCAGCUCAACAGAAUUGUCUUAUUUGACAGGCUUCUUAAGGCAUAUCCAUAUAAGAAAAAUCUGAUUUGGAAAGAAGCCAGAGUUGACAUUCCUCCACUUUUGAGAGGUUUAAUCUGGGCAGCUCUGCUUGGGGUAGAGGGUGCUAUUCGGGAAAAAUAUGAUGCCACAGAUAAGGACACCCCAAUACCUACAGACCGUCAGAUUGAAGUUGAUAUCCCACGUUGUCAUCAGUAUGAUGAGCUGCUCUCCUCACCUGAAGGACAUGCAAAAUUUCGAAGGGUGCUAAAAGCUUGGGUGGUUUCACAUCCUAAUCUAGUAUACUGGCAGGGCCUGGAUUCUUUAUGUGCACCCUUUCUCUACUUGAACUUUAACAAUGAAGCUUUGGCAUACGCUUGCAUGUGUGCUUUCAUACCAAAAUACCUGUACAACUUCUUCCUCAAAGAUAAUUCACAUGUUAUCCAAGAGUACUUGACAGUGUUCUCCCAAAUGAUAGCAUUUCAUGACCCAGAACUGAGCAACCAUCUCAAUGAGAUUGGAUUCAUUCCAGAUCUAUAUGCAAUUCCGUGGUUUCUGACAAUGUUCACACAUGUUUUUCCUUUGCACAAAAUAUUCCAUUUGUGGGACACCUUGCUACUAGGGAACGCCUCUUUUCCAUUUUGCAUUGGAGUGGCUAUUUUACAACAGCUAAGAGUCAGACUUCUUGCAAAUGGAUUUAAUGAAUGUAUCCUUCUCUUCUCAGAUUUACCAGAAAUCGACAUUGAGCGGUGUGUCAGAGAGUCAAUUAACCUUUUCUGCUGGACUCCAAAGAGUGCCACAUACAGGCAGCAUGCACAGUCACCAAAGUCAGCCAGUGAGUGCAAUGGCAUGAACAAACCCCCAAGUAGCUUCGCUGUGGACUACCAGGACUCCUCCAAAACUGACUUGGGAAGAGAACUCAUCCAGCUAAGUGAACUAAAGUCUGAGGUAUCUCCUCGGAUUUCUGCAGAGGAUCUCAUCGACUUGUGUGACCUGACUGUGCCCAGUCAUGGAAAAAUGAACAUCAAGAAGACAAAGCCCAGCAAGCCGAAGCUUCUCGUUGUGGACAUUCGUAAUAGUGAAGACUUCAAUCGUGGUCAUAUACCUGGUAGCAUCAAUAUGACAUUUGGUUCGGCAUUCACAGCAGAUGGAGAAUUGGUACCAGGUCCAGCUAGUGCCACUCUUCAGAGUUUCAAAGGGAAAGUCAUUGUGUCAGUUGGACAUGUUUCAACAAAUGCAGCUGAGUUUGCAGCACAUCUUGUGAAAUUGGGAUAUCCUCGAGUUUGUAUUCUGGAUGGUGGAAUUAACAAGAUGAAGCCAACUGGUCUACUGACUGUCCCCUCUCCGCAGAUCUAAGCAACACAAGCCAAUACUUCUGUACUUUACAGCACUGAAAGGGGGGCACAAGGAACUCUUCCG